UGUUUCGUGUGUUCGACCACGGCAACAGCGGGCAGGGAUGGAAAUAUCGGUAGCAACUCUUGCAUUGUUGAUGGUCCUCUGCUUCUCUGUGCCAGCUGUCGUCGGCGGGUGUUGCCUCGUUUAUAUUGUUUUGCGAAAGCAUAAUCAGGCACAGCCGGUCCGGCCUUGCUCCUCUCCGUCCCCCAACGACGUGGCCUCGCCCGAGCCCCUCCUCGAACGCCACGAGGGCACCACCGUCCUCCCUUCGCCUCAGAGGACGCCCUUCGGUACCUCCCGGCGGAUGUCGACCGACCUGAAGGCGUCCUUUGGCUCGACCUCAUCCUCGCUGGGCCGCGUGAUGGACGGGGUCUCCCUGGGGACCGCCCUCGAGGGGGUCAUCCUUCUGCAUUCGCAUCUCGAGGAACUGCGUCUUCAGAAGGCGUUCAUGGAGUCCUUCGUCCGGUCUGGCGGGAUGGGUCACUGCUCUGAUGUUUCCCGAGCGUUCAAUGCCUCUAUGAGAGAUUUCCCGACAUCUCCAACCACUCUGGGGCCCUCAGUGGUGUUGCCGUGGUCACACAGCAUUGCGGACGUUCACAAGAGCUCUUCAGAAAUGGUGCUGAAUGCCUCGGGGCCCGAUAAUCUGCGAUUCUGGCCGGUUUCCUCAAGCUGCAAAAGUUUAUACCGGGCACCGUCGACGAGGUCAGGUGGAGACGGGCUGCCCUUUUGGAAUUCCUCGUCGACUUGUACUUCUACGCCCGUCAAGAGUCUUGGGUCAGCGAUGAAUGAAUUGUCGUUAUUGUAGUUUAUGUGCAGUAUUUUUAUGACAAUUACAUGU